AUGACAAACCCCGAAUUCUCAAUCCUCGUUAUAGCCGGCGACGGCAUCGGCCCUGAAGUCUGCGAUGAAGCCGUCGCCGUGCUCGAAGCGAUAACCUCGCUGCCCAACAGUCGAGCCAAAUUCACCUUCAUCCACCGCCCCUUCGGCGGCGCCUCAAUCGACCAACACGGCGUCUCGGUAACAGACGAAACACUGUCGCAGGGGAAAACAGCCGACGCCAUCCUCAUGGGAUCCGUCGGGGGUCCCAAAUGGGAUGGCAAACGACGCGGCUUCGAGGGCCCCGAAGGCGCGACUCUCCGACUAAGACAGGUAACGGAUGUCUAUGCGAAUAUCCGACCGUGCGAGUACGUUGAAGGCGGGCAGACACCGCUCAAGGAGGAGCUGGUCCGGGGCGCGAAGUUUAUUGUCCUGAGGGAGAACACAGGGGGUGCAUUCUACGGUCCCAAAACCGAGGAACCGGAGUACGCGUCUGAUCUGUGGGCAUAUAAGAAGGGCGAGAUCCAGCGCAUUGCGCGCAUGGCUGCGCAUCUUGCCCUCUCUGACGCUGUCCCGCGGAAACGGGUAACAAGCUGCGAUAAGGAUAACGUUCUGGCGACUUCUCGUCUGUGGCGUAGAGUUGUGGAGGAGACUAUCACGGAUGAGUUUCCGGGGGUCGAGCUCGUGCAUCAGUUGGCGGACAGCGCGACGACCCUGAUGAUGAUGCGGCCGACGGCGUUCAAUGGUGUUGUCGUCGCGGAUAACACGUUUGGGGAUAUUCUCUCGGACCUGGCUGGUGUUAUCCCUGGGACCCUGGGUGUGCUCCCCUCGGCCUGCUUGGCUGAUCUGCCGUGCAGGCAAUGGGGUGACAAGCCAACGAAGGGCUUCUAUGAGCCGGUUCAUGGGUCCGCGCCGGAUAUUGCUGGGCUGGGAAUUGCGAACCCGAUUGGGGCUAUUCUCAGCGCCGCACUGUUACUGCGCUAUAGCUUCGCGAUGGAAACAGAGGCCCGCGCGAUCGAGGACGCGGUUGGGCAGACUCUUAGCAGCGGAGUUAAGACCAAGGAUAUGAAGGGAACUGCAUCUACAAAGGAGGUGGGAGAGGCUGUAAGGGCUAGAUUGACUGCCAUUCUGGGGGAUGUUAACGGUGCUUAG